AGCAUGACAGUGGGUAAGAAAAAUGGCUCGUACCAGUUCUCGUAUCUCUGGAAGGCAUGUGACUGGCUAAUGGGAUUCAAAGAAUGUGUAGACGUCAGACGAAUUGUGGAGGAAACUUGGUUAAAGGUCACAAAUCAGGAGUAUACGUUUGAACGGAAGGCUAUAGGAAGCUUUGGGGAUGGUAUAGAAUACAGAAGAAAUAACAUUGAUGAUUUGGUGAUAUUUAGAAACACCUGCGUUUUGGCUGAAGAUGACCAAUGGAAUCCUUCGAUUGAAAAAGAGACGGUGUUUCUUGCAGAGUACACAGGAACUGGAUAUUGUAUGUUAAAGUAUAUAUCUGGUCCAGUUUUUUCGGGAGAAUUAUUUUAUGCUAACAAGGAACGCCAUGUGUACUUUUCUAGCUCACUAUUUGUUAAGAAAUGCCUGGAACUUUCGUCCAGCAACUCGUGUUCUGAGGGACCAGUCAUUGUGGCAGGGGGACAGAGAACUGUAUGCGCACUACCCGUCAUUGGCUGGCCACCAGCAGCCAAAGAAUGGAAAACUAGAGACCGCUGUCGAUACUGGCCGACUCCUGAAACUAUUAAAAAAGUUAUACAAGACGGCUGUCAAUGUGUACCAACUGGUCACCCGUCCUCUGAUACCAAAAUUCACGAAUGGCAGCUGUGUUUUUCAGUUGCCGAAUGCACCCUGGUUCAUUCAAUGGACCACGCAACUUUUACACUUUACCAAAUCAUCAGAAUUUUUAUUCACGAACGUUUGAACAGUUUUGAAGGUUGUGAUGAUUUCAUAUCCUCAUACAUGAUUAGAACUCUGAUGUUUUGGGUGUGCGAGGACAAGCUUCCGAAUUUUGUCAGCGGUGGCAAUUUGAAAGAGAGCAUCCAAACAUGUCUCUCACAACUAGAAGAAUGGAUUAGAAAAGAGUUUGUUCCACAUUACUUUAUCCCAGAAAGAAACCUUAUUGAACGGAAGCUGAGACCACUCCAGAAGGCUUUUAUUCUUGAACGAUUAUUAACACUCAGAAGCGAACUUUUGACAGAGGUAUUGAGUUGCCCUUCUUUCGAGGGAGUGAAAAAUGAUGUCUCCGCAGAUCCCCCCAAAUCUGUCGAUGUUCUAGAUCUGUCACCUGAAGAUCUACAAGCAAGAUGCGAAUUUGUUUUCUUUGAAUACAUUGGGGAUAGCUACUUCAGUGCUAUGUGUUGGUCUAGAGCACAACUUUUUAUGCAAAAUGUUGAAAAAGCUCUCGACUCGGAUACAUUAAGUGAUAUUCAGCGAGAUACAUUAAAACAGAUGUAUUACAAGUUGGUAAACGCAGCAGGGAAAAUAGCUUAUCGAAUUGUCCAGAAUUCUCACACUAAUAGAAGGAGGUAUCUGAUGCUUUGUUUAUCGGAGGCCUUUUUAAGGAUAGGAUGCGCCAGUGAUGUGACCAGUGGAAGAUUAUCUCUUGCUUCCUUUUACUUCUGCACUGACAAAAUAAGAAGAUGCAUUAUGGUCACCAACUUAGCAUUGCAAAACAUAUUGCCUUUUACCGUAUACCUUCGGGAUUUCAGACACGUAUCAAAUAAUACAGGCCGCAGAGAGCUUUACCAAAGUGCGAUUUCCUCGGAUGAUCUUCCUCUGUCUGAGAAAAUGAAACGAGGGUGUGUGGUUGACAUUGAAAUAAUAAGGUCAUCAUAUUUGUGGCCAAAGGCAAUGGAACUUGAGAUGCAGAUUCACGACCUCCAUACUAGAUUGAUCAAAGUACCAGCUUUAGUCUACCUACAUUUCUUAAGAUUUUUGAGUUUUGAGAUGUCAAAUAGCAUUGAAAUGAAAAUGGAGGCAUUAACAAAUCUGUCAGCCAUCGUUUACGACGAUGAACACAAUAAUGGUUCAUUUCUGACAUACAACAUCAUAGGCAUUUGUCAACAGAGAGCUGGGAACUACUCUGAAGCAGUUGAGAUGUUCUGUGAGAGUGUUAAGGCAGCAAAGGGGUGUGAUUGGAUAAAUAAAAAUAAGAACCCGGGACUCUUACGAAUUGGGAUUCUACUAAAUAAGCUCCUAAGAGAAGAGAGACAUUAAUUUGACAGACGAGUUUCAGAAAGAAAAAAAAAUUGUCAAAAAGAAUGGAACUUUUUUAGUUAAAUAA